AUGCUCUCACUGAAGCCUCGUGACGGCUUCGCAAACUUUAAGUUCCAAAAAUGGAUCUGGGAUGCGAUGAUUACGCGACCCCAGGCUAUGCGCUACAAGUUCGCUGACGACAUCAUGAACGCCUCCACGACCCCUUGCGCCGCGCCUAAUGCAUGCGUAGACGACCGCGAUGCCGAUAUCCAGUACAUUCCGAUGGGAAGAUGGGUGAAUGUUGCGAACGCGAUGUACUUCGACGGCACUGCAAGAAGCACAACUGUGUUGGGAGCUCAAAUCGCUUAUCCGUUCGCAGGGAAUGGGAGCACGCUUGAGGUUUGGGGAUGGUGGCAGUCUGCCGCUGGAUCGACUUCCCCGACCAAUGUUACCUGCAGCGUCGAUGGCAGUCCCGCAGUCGCCACACGCACGACAGCCACGCUCAACGCCAAUGGAAACGCUACUGUAUUGUGCACCAUUCCCCCGCAGAACAUCCAUGAACAUAUCCUGACUGUUACGAACUUCGGAGAUUUUCUACAACUGGAUGGUAUCCGUUUCGUCGCACCUGCGGGAUCUUCAACCACAUCAGUAUCACCCUCGCAGAUGUCCUCUGUCCUCUGGUACUUCAGUUACUCCGCGACCCUGAACACCGGCGCAAUCGCAGGUCUCGCAGUCGCCAUCGUCGCACUGCUCAUCGCGCUGGCCACCGUCAUCAUCGUCUGCCGCCGGCGCCGGCGCUCCCGGUCCAUCGAUAUCCUCGAGCCGUUCGCGGACGACGAAAAAGCGCCAAUGCCGCCCUCCGCGAUCACCUCCGAAUGGACCGGGUCCUCUCCCUCGCUCCAGGACUCCGCCGCGCGCGCAUGGCACUCGGACGCGCGCUCGCUCACGCCGAACCGCCUGCACGCCGCGUCCCCGACGUCGCUGUCGUCGACGGACAAGGCCGCGGACGCGCACCUCCUGCGCUCCGGCACGACCUCCCCGACGUGGACCGCGUCCACCGCCGGCUCGCGCGAGCCGCGCCCGACGCCGACGCCGACGCACACCCCGAGCCUCAGCGGGGACUCGCGCCUCGCGGAGUACGGCCCGGGGACCGCGACGGACGCGUUCGCGCUCUCCCUCGCGGGCGUGAGCGCGAGCGCGCGGCGGCACCGCGGGGACCGCAAGGCGCGCGACGUCGGCGGCGGCGGGCACGGGCACGCGGCGAGCAUCGACGCCGCGCUCUCGAGCGCGAACGCGACCACGACCGCUACCACCAUCAGCAGCGCGCACGCCGUGCACUCGCACUCGACACUGGAGCUCGGCGCAGGGUCCUCCCCGCGGUCCGUCGGGAGCCGGGGCUUGGCGUCGGACGACGGGGAGGUGCUGUCGAUGACGAGCUCAGAGCACGCGCGGCGGAUGGAGGAGGACGGCGGGGUGCGGCUUGCGGGGGGGCCGCUUGAGGAGAGCGUGGAGGAUGGGGGUCCGCAGGUGCUGCCGCCGCCGUACAGGAGGUAUUGA